AUGACAACCAAGGAUUCUACCUUGAUCAUUGAAGUGGACCUCCAGUGCGAGAAGUGUUACAAGAAGAUUCGGAAAGUUCUCUGCAAACUCCAGUCCAAGGAGAACAUCAAGAAGAUUGAUUACGAAAACACGAAGAACAAGGUCACCGUCGUCGGUGCCUUCGACCCCAAGAAGCUGUCCAAGAUACUGAGAUGCAAGGCCUGCGACGUCAUCAAGGACAUCACCAUCGUCAAGCCUCCAGAAGAGAAGAAGACAGAGGAGAAGAAACCGGAGGACAAGAAGCCGGAAGAGAAGAAGAAGCCUGCCGAGGAGAAGAAACCCACAGAAGACAAGAAGAAGCCUGCCGAGGAGAAGAAGCCCACAGAAGAGAAGAAGGGUGAGGAGAAGGCGAAGCCUGCCGCGGCGCCGCCGUCGACGACGGUGAACCUGCAGUUCGCCAACAUCUGCGUCAUCUGCUACCCGUGGCCGUGCAACGACCCGGCGCACUGGGGCGGCUUCCACCACCAGCACCAGCUGCCUCAGUGGCCACCGUGCGGGGGGAUGGCUCCGGCGCCUGCCCCGCCGGUCCACAACCACCCGCAACCGCCCUGCGGCGGCGGUCCUCAGAAAUGGGCGCAGUGCGGCGGCCCUCCGUUCUGCGGAGGGUGCGCGUGGUGCCAUGGCGGCGGCGGCGGCAUGAACUGCUGGGCGCCGGCGCAGCCGCAGCCGCAGCCGAUGUGCUGCCCCGGGCCGUCGCUGUGCAGAGGGUGCAACGGGUGCAAGAUCGUGCGUGAGACCAAGUUCAGCUACGAAGAGUACCCUUCCAGUGCAUGUGCCAUCAUGUGA